AUGCGGUGGGAAAGCCGCAAGUCAGAGCCGCAUGGUGUAUUGCGUAUAUCAACAGUGUGGCUGCAACACACAGCUGAUGCUAUUGCCACACGCAACGGUGUGUUAUUAACCGACUGCGUUGCGCUUGCAGAAGAUGGUGGAGCAGCAGAAGUCCCAACAGCUGAGGAGUUAACACACAUUCAGACAGCCGUACAUCAACUGCAUCAAGCACUUACAGAGCGGGUGGAACAAACACACAGCAGCCGACGGGAGUCACGCAGUGAACACACAGAAGAUGUAAAGGAACGUCAAUUAUAUGUGGAGGUGAUGGUGCGGGUGGCUAUUACCGGGGUACUCGCAAACUACCACCGCAUGAAAUCUAAUAUCAACAACGACAACAACAACAGCAACAGUAAUGGAGAGGAGAACAACAAGAACAGUAAUGACAACAAUAGUAAGCCUUCCCAACGGUAUGCAGAUACGCUUGCACGUGGUCUUCUAUAUGCAUUUGAAGUAUUUCAGGAAGUACACACUAUGCGUCGCGGUCACUACCCAACACACCGCCGCGGUGGAAGUACUGUUGGCACUGUUGGCUGGGAUACAUUGUUGUUAUUGCACUUUGUUCACCGUAUUCCACGCAUUGCACGAGAUGCCAGUGAGAGUGUGAUUGAUGAAGCCACUGGUCAGAUUGUGCGCAGUUGGCGUAAGUUGUUGCAAGCCUUACAAGUAGCCGAUCCACAUGAACCACCAGAACACUCCCGUCGUCGUGGGGCACUUGCGGUGUGUAAUGGUUUAUUAAGUAUUCUCUUUCAUCGCUACAACACUCAUCAAUGCCGUGUGCUCUUUAACGCCGUAGAACAGAAUGAACGCAAUGUGGGUACUGGCAAUGAUGGAAGUAAAUCUAUUCUACGCCCGGCGCAGCACAUGACGGCGGAGAUGAUAACAUUCUAUUACUAUAAGGGACGUAUUAUGUUGUAUGAUCGCCGAUUUAAAGAAGCACAUGAGGCCCUACGAGAGGCAUAUCAUCUUCUCCCACCACCAGGCGAGGGAACAGAAAUCCAACAGCGGAAUAAACAACGUGUACGCUUCUAUCUCACCGUUGCGGGUAUCGCCGAUGGAAAGGUGGUGCCGCAGGAGAUUUUACAACGGGAUGAUCUCAUUGAUUAUGUCUUUACACCUAUGCUCAAUGCAGCCGCUCGUGGGGAUCCACACGCCUUUACACACGCCGUAGAGACAUUCAGCACACUUCUCCGUAGACGUGGGGUGUACUUUUUACUGCAGCGGGCUAAACUGUAUUGCUUUCUCGUUCUUCUCGCACGCACCCACAUCGCACUGGGCGCCUGCACUGGCGUUGAUAAUAGUCGUAUUCCUCUCUCAGUUCUCACAGCCGCCUAUACCCACAUUCUGCAGGAGGGAAAGAGUACCGAAAAGGAAAAGACACCAUUAAAACAGAAAACACAAAAACGGCAACGGGGAGAUGAUAUCAUUGAGGAUGAAAAUGUUAUGACAGAUGAUCAGAUGACUUGGUGGACGGCUAAACUAAUCGCUAGUGGUCUUGUACGUGGUUAUAUCUCCUACGAGCAUAAAACUAUUGUCUUGUCGCGUCAAGCACCUUUUCCUACAUUAGCAGAACAGUCGCGUAAAUAA